AUGAGGGUUCUCUGCUUACAUGGCCACGGCACCAGCGCUGCUAUAUUCCAAUCUCAAUCUGUUGCCUUCAGGUCGAAAUUAGACGACUCGUACGAGUUUGACUUUGUCGAUGCCCCCUUCCGCUCGGCCCCAGCACCAGGUGCUGAUGGGAUCUGGAAGUCGGGAAAUUACACUUGGUGGCCCCAGACAACGAUUCAGGCCAUCCGUGCGGCUCAUCUCUGGGUUGAAGAGUACAUUGACCAGCAUGGACCCUACGACGCUGUAUGCUGUUUCUCUCAGGGGUGCUCGCUGAUUGGGAGCUAUCUCUUGUACCACGCAAAGGAGUCGCCAGACACGCCUUUGCCUUUCAAGGCAGCCGUCUUUAUUUGCGGCGGCAUGCCCCUCGCCGUAUUGGAGGACCUCGGGCUACCCGUGCCCCAGAGAGCGAAAGACCUCAACGAGAGGACUAGCAAGGUAUUGCAGAAGCGAACCCAUCUGCUGCGGGAACUUGUAGGCGACAUAGACAAGAUUCAGCCAGGAGUUGGGCUUUGGGACAACACCUCGGACUUGCUCCAUGAUCCGAGUAAGCUGCCGCCAGCCUCGGAUACCUUUGGCCUAGAUUUCACAUCCUUUCCUCAGGAUGUGCGGAUCCGGAUCCCCACCGCUCACAUAUAUGGCUCCAAGGAUCCAAAAUGGCCCUCUAGUAUACAACUUGCGUAUUUCUGCAACAAUCGCACCAUGUUCGACCACGGAGGUGGGCACGAUAUUCCCCGUUCGACCGCAGUUUCGGUCAGGAUCGCGGAAAUGCUGAAGCAGCUAGCCAACGGGGUCUGA